UAUGGGAACACAACCUGAGGGCAAAGGAGAUGGGAUUAAUGGCAGAAAAGGAAGUGUUUUCCAAAAGCCGUUGGACCUUGACGAAGUGUUGACCUCGGAACUGGGCCAGUUCGGUUGGUACCAGCAACGAAACAUCCUUCUGGUCGCUUUACCUAUUAUAUUGUCGACGUUUAUCAAUGAGUUCAUAUUCUCUGCUGCCGCUAUACCACACAGAUGUCGUAUCACUGAAUGCGGCGAGGAUGGUAAAUCUCACGUCUACGGUCCUGAAUGGAUAUUGAAUGCCGUGCCAGAGUCUGGCUCAGGGUUUGCGAGUUGUGAGAGAUACGCGUCUAGCAACCCUGGCAUCAAUGGUACCUUAGAUUAUUGCCCGGACAAUUUAUUCGAUAAGUCUUCGACUACUGGUUGCGAGAGAUUUGUUUACGCUCGGGACAAUACUGUUGUAUAUGAUUUUGAUCUGGGAUGUCAAGAAUGGUUGAGAGCCAUUGCUGGCACGAUGAGCAGCGUGGGAACUCUGCUGGUGCUGCCCAUCACCGGCUACAUCUCCGACCGCUUCGGCCGAAGGUUCGCGCUCAUCAUCAGCGUCUUCAACCUGGGGCUGUUCGGCCUCAUCCGAGCCUUCUCCGUCAGUUACCCUAUGUACUUGGUGCUUCAUCUUCUACAGACCACAUUUGGAUCUGGUGCUUACAGUUCGUCGUAUAUUUUGGCUGCCGAACUGGUCGGUCCCAAAUACCGCGUCAUAACAAGUGCUUCCGCAGCAUCAAUGUUCGCCACGGGACAGGUCAUCCUCGGCGGAGUGGCCUGGCUGAUCCCCAACUGGCGCUACAUGAUCAUCGCACUCCACGUCCCUUGCUUCCUCAUCAUCGCAUACUACUGGCUGCUUUCCGAAAGCGUUAGGUGGCUGCUGUCGAAGAAACGGUACACGGAAGCGGAAAAGAUAUUGGAAACCGUAGCGAAGGCAAACAAAACGUAUAUCAGUGAAAAGUCAAUGCAAGCACUUAUGAAUCCUUCAGAAAGCGCUGUCGUCUCUGGUGAAGAGAAUCCUGGAUUAGUGCGCACCAUAUUGCGUUCUCCAGUUCUACGCAGAAGAGUUUGCACGACGCCAAUAUGGUGGAUCACCAUGACCUUCGUCUACUACGGCCUCUCCAUUAACUCUACUGGUCUCUCCGACACCAUGCAUCUGAACUAUAUCUUGACAUGCGCCAUAGAAAUCCCUGGUUACGUCACUGCAGUUCUGGUCCUGAACAGAAUUGGUAGAAAGGCUACUUUGUCUUCGGGCUAUUUCCUCAGCGCGGCUUGCAACAUCGCUUACAUCUUUGUUCCUAACCAUAUGAAUGUUCCUCGACUUAUCCUCUUCCUAGUGGGCAAGUUCGGUAUAUCGGUGGUGAUGACGUCGGUGUACCUGUUCACAUCGGAGCUGUAUCCCACGGAGUUCCGGCACACUCUGCUGGCGUUUUCUUCUAUGAUUGGUCGGAUUGGAUCCAUUACAGCUCCCCUCACUCCAGUGCUUAUGGAUUACUGGCACGGAAUACCAUCACUGAUGUUCGGCUUUAUGGCCGUCCUCUCCGGCGCGCUGGUGCUCACGCAGCCAGAGACCCUAGGCACUAAGCUACCCGAUACGCUCGCUGAGGCCGAAGCGCUGGGCAGAUCAGAGUCUAAAUUACGUCACGAUAGGAUUAUUACUAGGACAUAUUUAUUAUUACUGAUGAUAAAGAUAAACUUGAAAAUGGCUGCAGAAUCAAAAGGUGCAUCGGAAAACAAUGGAAAUAAUAGAAAAGGAAGUGUGUUCAAAAAGCCUAUAGAUCUGGAUUAUGUAUUAACUAACGAGCUGGGACAGUUCGGCUGGUUCCAGCUGCGCAACAUUCUCCUGGUUGCGAUACCUAUUGCGAUGUCUGCAUUUAUGAGCGAGUAUGUUUUUUCUGCUGCUGCCAUACCACACAGAUGUCGUAUCCCGGAAUGUGGCGAGGAGGGGAAAUUGCACAAGUUUGAUCCAGAUUGGAUCUUGGAUGCCGUGCCCGAGUCUUCUUCAGGAUUUGCAAGUUGUGAGAGGUACACCCCUCGGGGUCUCGGCACCAACGGUACCCUGGACUACUGCCCGGUUACCUUGUUUGACCAGUCUACUACCACUAGGUGUGAUGGUUUUGUGUACGCCAGGGACAAUACUGUGGUAUACGAGUUUGACCUCGGAUGUCAGGAUUGGAUGCGAGCAUUAGUUGGUACGAUGGCAAGCGUGGGCACUUUGCUGGUGCUGCCUAUUACGGGGUAUGUGUCCGACCGCUUCGGCCGAAGGUUCGCGCUCAUCAUCAGCGUCUUCAACCUGGCUCUCUUCGGCCUCAUCAGAGCAUUCUCUGUGAACUUCACCAUGUACUUGAUACUCCAGCUUCUUCAGACUACGUUUGGUGCCGGCACUUUCAGUUCAUCGUACAUUUUUGCUACCGAACUUGUCGGUCCCAAAUACCGGGUGAUAACAAGUGCCACAGCGUCCUCCAUGUUUGCGGUAGGACAAGUGAUCCUCGGCGGAGUAGCCUGGCUGAUCCCAGAAUGGCGCUAUAUGAUCAUGGCACUGCAUAUCCCUUGCUUCCUGAUAAUCAUCUACUAUUGGAUCCUCUCUGAAAGUGUGAGAUGGCUACUAUCGAAAAAACGUUACUCAGAAGCCCAAAAAGUUUUGGAAACAGUUGCGACAGUAAAUAAAACGUAUAUCAGUGAAAAAUCUCUGCAUGCACUCAUGAGCCCUUCUGAACCCGAAGAAGUCGUGCCAAACGCAAAGAAACCUGGACUGAUUCGCACUAUAUUAAAGUCUCCAGUUUUGCUCAGAAGAGUAUGUACCACUCCGAUUUGGUGGAUCACUUCAACUUUCGUCUACUACGGACUGUCAAUCAACUCUACCGGUCUUUCGGACACCGUGCAUUUGAAUUACAUUUUGACAUGCGCCAUCGAAAUCCCCGGUUACUUCACUGCGGUUCUUAUCUUGGAUAGAAUUGGUAGAAAGGCCACGCUGUCUAUUGGAUAUUUUCUCAGUGCGGCGUGUAAUAUUGUUUUCAUCUUUAUUCCUAACGAAAUGACUAUUGCUCGCCUAAUAAUCUUCUUGUUGGGCAAGUUCGGUAUAUCGGUGGUGAUGACGUCAGUGUACCUGUUCACAUCGGAGCUGUAUCCCACGGAGUUCCGGCACACUCUGCUGGCGUUCUCUUCUAUGAUUGGUCGGAUUGGAUCCAUUACAGCUCCCCUUACUCCAGUACUUAUGGAUUACUGGCACGGCUUCCCGUCGAUGCUGUUCGGAGGUAUGGGCAUCCUGUCGGGGCUGCUUGUGCUCACCCAGCCGGAGACCUUCGGCACCAUGAUGCCCGACACCCUUGCCGAAGCCGAAGCGCUGGGGAGACCAGAGUCUAAACUAAACUUGAAAAGUUGAUUGAACUAAACUAUUGAUCUCUUUGUUAGUUUUAAGCUUAAUCUUAAUGUAUUUUAUCUUACUUAUUAUAAU